CGAGCAUGCGGAAUGCGCGCACCCGCUACACAGAACACCUGCCCGUGCUGCCGUGUCGGAGGAGUAAACACGGUAUUUAUUUACCAUUUUUGAAGGGAAACGAGCGCUGUAUCUGGAUAUUAUUUUAAAAAGAAAGCAAACUUGCAUGCACUAAUCAUUUUGGAGGGACAAGUCUUGACAUGAACAGGGUUCUGAUGCGUGCACGCGUCAUUAGCGCAGUGGAGAAGAGCAGGAGCGUCUGUGUGUGAUGCGCUGUCUUCAUUAGUUGAGUGCGAGAGAUAGAGAGUGUGUGUGUGAGUGUGUGAGAGAGAGAGGGAGCAUGAGUCCGCUGGCUCUUCUGGCUCGGAGCGCGCGCGGUGUGCUGCUGCGGCCGCAGACUCUGCUGCUCCUCGGAGGCAGUCUGGUGUUCUGGAGCGUCCUCGAGGUGAAGACCAUCCUGCGCUCCAGCCGGGACGCCGUCAGCAUGAUGAAGGGCAGGGUGGCGGAGAUGAUGCACAGCGAGGGGGUGCUGCAUGAGGAGUUCUCCAAGACGUGGCAGCACAAGAGCAGCGGCGCAGCAGUGUACUCCAUCCAGGGCAGGAGGGAUCACAUGGAGGACAGGUUCAACAUCCUCACAGACGCACUCAACCAGAGCCACACCAACAUCUACGGCGUCUUCGAUGGGCAUGGAGGAGAGGCGGCAGCAGAGUAUGCCAAGGCACAUCUCCCCGUCAUGUUGCAGCAGCAGCUUCAGCGUUACGAGACGCAGAAGGAGAACAGCGCUCUGACCCGCCAGUCCAUCCUCAAACAGCAGAUACUGGACAUGGACAAAGAGAUCCUGGAGAAACUGUCGGCCUCCUUCGAUGAAGCCGGCACCACGUGUCUGGUGGCUCUGCUGUCUGAGAAGGAGCUGACUGUGGCUAAUGUUGGGGAUUCGAGGGCGGUUCUCUGUGAUAAAGACGGUAAUGUUGUCCCGCUGUCACAUGACCACAAACCCUACAACCUUAAAGAGCGGAGGAGAAUCAAGAAAGCAGGUGGCUUCAUCAGUUUUAAUGGCUCGUGGCGUGUGCAGGGCGUUCUGGCUAUGUCACGGUCACUCGGUGACUACCCACUGAAGAACCUGAACGUGCUGAUCCCUGACCCCGACGUGCUGACCUUUGACCUGGACAAACUACAGCCUCAGUUCAUGAUCCUAGCGUCAGAUGGACUCUGGGACGCCUUCAGCAACGAGGAAGCCGUGCAUUUCAUUAAAGCGCAUCUGGAUGAACCGCACUUCGGUGCGAAGAGCAUCGUCCUUCAGGCGUUUUCCCGCGGCUGUCCAGACAACAUCACCGUGAUGGUGGUCAAGUUCAGGAAGAGAGGCUCCAAGGCCCCCGGCCAGUGAAGAAGAAUCAGCUCUCACGUGUGAUUAGGCAAUGAAAACAUGUUUUAAUGAAUGAGUGAAUAUCAUUAUGCAUAAGUUUAACAUAAGAUAAAAAUUUAUUUUUUGGCGAAGCAACUAUUUGAAUUUAAAUUGAAUAUUACAAAUCUAAGCAAUUACUUCCUCAUUAAAGGAACAGCUCCCCUAUGGAACAUAAAAAUUAAUCUUCGUGCAGCUCUUUCAUAAAAAACUGUUCAAAAACGGUUAUUUUCUGUUAAUACAGAGACAUUUAUAAUGAGCUAAAGUUAAAUCUCUUCUGUAUGUGGUGAUGAUUGUCUGCAGAAAAACACCUUGAUAAUAUUUCAGGUAUAUCUGACUUACAGUCUCAUAAUUCAAUAUGAAGAUUGGACAUUGGAAGACAUUGGAAGAUUUGAAUCCAAGUAUGUUGCCUUAUUUGAAUUAAAAUGCUCUUAUGAUGAAUUUAUUUGCCAGAAGUGUUGUGUUGUCCUGCAUUUGUGUUUACAGUGUCUGCACGUGUCAUAUGCACAUCGAAACUCAAUCGAUUGAUGUCUUUCUGAGACAAAACUAACAAUACGAAUGUUUAUAUUAAAUAUUAACACCAGGUGAACAUGUAAAUGAUGCAUCUUACUCUUUAGUACAUGACUGAAAAAUACAUUUCUUUAAAAUGCUGUUAUAUGUUGAAGAAUGGUUAAGUACAGUUUGUAUUUGUUUUGUUGCGUUAAUGAAACUGUUAAAAGGGGAACAUGUAAUUAGUGAAAGACAAAAACAUAAAACUGUAAUAAAUAUAUAUAUUGAUGAAA